ACCUUUCUCUGUAAGCCAUGUAUAUAAACACUCCCUCUUCGGCCUAUACCUGAGGCCGAAGGUAACGUAGGAACACGCACGCACUGCCAAGUUCUUUGUCGAAGUGGUUCUUCUCAGAUCUAGUCAAGUGAUCAAUUUGGAUAUAUCGUCUAUCCGUAGUCGUGAAGAGGUGAGUUAUUACUCCUAUUAGCACUCCUUGGAUUAUCCUGAUGUUGAUAGCAGAAUAAGUCAAGCCGAAAAUGGGUUCUAUCGAAGUAACCGGUCCGGAGGCAACUCAUGUCGAGGAGUUGGACGCCCUAGUCAUCGGCGGAGGUUUCAGCGGCGUGUAUCAGCUCAAGAAGCUUCGUGAGGAAGGCUACAAGGUCAAAUUGGUGGAAGCCGGUUCUGGAUAUGGAGGCAUCUGGUACUGGAACAGGUACCCGGGUGCUCGUGUCGACAGCCACGCCCCUCACUACCAGUUCUCGGACCCCAACCUCUGGAAGAACUGGCACUGGAAGCAAAGAUACCCUGACCACAACGAGCUACGGGCGUAUUUCGAAUUCGUGGGUGAGAAGUGGGACCUGAAGAAGGAUACCUACUUCGAAACCUACGUGACGUCUGCCACGUGGGACGAGAAGCAGUACAAGUGGAUCAUCAAGACCAAGGACGGCCGCACAUUCAAGUCCAAGUUCUUCUUGCCGCAUACCGGAAUUGCUGCUAGUCGAUCGUUCCCUGACUGGAAAGGAAUCGGCACGUUCAAGGGUCUCAUGGUUCACUCUUCGUACUGGCCCCACGAGCAGCCGGACCUGAAGGGGAAGAAGAUUGCCGUCGUAGGCACUGGCUCCACCGGCGUCCAGCUAUCUCAGACCGUUGCCGACAUAGCUGGCGAGCUCGUCGUCUUCCAGCGCACGCCUGCCCUACCCUUGCACAUGAGGCAAGUCAACUACGGCCCGGGCGAGCAGCCCAAGCCGCAGUCGGCGCUGGGAGACUUCUUCCAGACCUGCUUCAAGGGGCGCUGGGGCUUCGACUUUGACUUCGUGCCGAAGCAGACCUUCGAGGACAACGAGGCGCAGCGCCGGGCCGUGUACGAGACCCUCUGGGAGGCGGGCGACUUCACCUACUGGCUCGGCUCGUACACGGACAUGCUGCUGAGCGAGGAGGCCAACAACGAGGCCUACAAGUUCUGGCGCGAGAAGACGCGCGCGCGCAUCAACGACCCCCGCGUCAAGGAGCUGCUGGCGCCCGAGAAGCCGCCGUACCCCUUCGGCUCGAAGCGCGUGCCGCUUGAGGUGUCGUACAUUGAUAUGUUCAACAGACCUAAUGUGCACCUUGUGGAUGUCAAUGAGACUCCUGUGGUGGAGGUGACGGAGGGCGGGAUUCGAACGACGGAGAAGCUGUGGGAUUUCGACGUGAUCAUCCUCGCUACAGGUUUCGACGCCGUCACCGGAGGGUUGACGACGAUCGACAUCCGCGGAAUCGAUGGCCAGAGCUUGAAGACCAAGUUCGACAAGCGUGGGCCAACUACGUACUGCGGCAUCACCGUCGCCGGCUUCCCCAACAUGUUCUUCUCGUCCGGGCCCCAGGCGCCGACUGCCUUCUGCAACGGACCCACGUGCUCCGAGCUGCAGGGCGACUGGAUCGCCAACACCAUGAACCACAUCCGCGAUGCGAAGCUGAGCAGCAUCGUGGCUGACGAGAAGAGCGAGAACGAGUGGAUUGACCAUGUGGAAGCCGUGGCUAGUAUGACGCUCGUGCCCAAGGGCAGAUCCGUAAGUGACUUAUCUCCAUUCCUCUCUUAUGACUGGAGAAAACAAGAAGGGGGAGUAUCAGUUAGCUAACAGUGCCGGCUUCGACAGUGGUAUAUGGGUGACAACAUCCCAGGCAAGCAAAGACGAUCCCAGAUGUACUUGGGAGGCGUGCCAAACUAUACCGCGAAGCUUAAGGAUUGCACAGAGAACGGGUACAAGGGUUUCCACUUUGAAGGCUUGAAGGUAUGAUUGACGACUAUUGCGUUGGGAUCAGAUCAAGAAAGUAAGAGCCGGUGGCACCCCUGUGCCUGACCACGC